CCGCUGGAUUCUUAUCUCUUUUCCUCUGGCCAGCCAGGAUCUCUGAUAAAGAAACGAGUGCCAAAUGAUAUUCGUGUGCGUUUUUCAAUACAAGGACAAUGAACUCAAGGAGUCCUGCUGGCUGAUACAAAGGCCACGGCGUAUAUGGGUCACGUGCGAGGAGUUUAUAAUACACGACGACGCAAUUACGCAGUGUGCGCAGGUAUACACGACCAAUACCCAGGAAGCGACUCCAGUCCACGACGUUCUUUUGUUUCGAAUCUAAAAAUCGGCAAUUAAAAUUGGACGACGGUUGGACUCGAUGAAACAGUUUCUAAUUGAAUCAACAUUCCCGUAAUUGUUUGUAAUGAUUGCCCUUGAAAUAUGGUAAAGAGCAUAGCAGACGACGUUUGAAGUGCAAGGGGGGCGGGAUUUACCUCGUGGGGAGGGAUUUUCUCGACGUCGAAAUUUGCGUCAUGUAUAUAUCGCGAUAUGUUGUACACACGCGGCAAAAAUCGAUUCUAGUCUUUUCUUUGUUGACGUUGAAAAAGGCCCACAUAGCCCAACUCGAAACGCACGUAGACUCUCACACAGACACACGAGGGAGAAAGAAGCACAAAUUUCUUGUUUUGUUUGUGUUAUCGGAGCGAGGCUAGUAAAAACCGAGCCAACAUUUCUGCCAAUUGAACGUUUCGAGCUUAUUAAACCACUCGAAUAAUCUGCAAUUGUCUAAAAGGUGUGUUACAGUGGCCCACAGCUAAAGGAGCAGCAGCAGCGAUUUCUACUCAAUUUAGUGAGACGUUGGCCUCACUCUGGCCAACCAGAACAGCUGGCUUUGCUGGCCCCCCUCCUUGGGGGUGCGUUGGGAGUUGAGGAUUUUCGGUGCUGAAGCUGCUGGCCAUCCACCUCAAGAAGACAACAACAGACAGCAGAAUCAGCAACAGUUAGUCAACCGUCGACGACGUCAGAGACAAGCCGUCGUUGCUGCAGCUGGUCCAGUGAAUCGCCACAACAACAACAACGUGGCUCAUCCGAGGAAUAACGAACAAGAACCACAAGCACCGGAACGACAACAGAGGAAUCGUCGUUGGAUGGCAAACGGCCAGCACUCUACUUGGUUUCAAGGUAUUCACUCCAUGGGCCACUCGCUAGGAUCGUCCUCUUCGGACGGCCCGUCUUCAUCUUCAAUCAAGGAUCCGUGCAGAAUGGUCAAGACAUUUCAGGCGUAUUUGCCAGAAUGUUGCCACCGCACUUAUUCGUGCGUCCACUGUCGGGCCCAUUUGGCCAAUCACGACGAACUCAUUUCCAAGUCGUUCCAGGGCAGUCAAGGACGAGCCUAUCUCUUCAAUUCCGUGGUGAAUGUGGGUUGCGGUCCAGCCGAGGAGCGUGUCCUGCUCACGGGAUUGCACGCUGUCGCUGAUAUCUAUUGCGAGAGCUGCAAAACCACCCUCGGAUGGAAAUAUGAACAUGCAUUUGAAUCGAGUCAAAAGUACAAGGAAGGCAAAUUUAUUAUCGAAUUGGCCCACAUGAUCAAGGACAACGGAUGGGAAUCGUAAAUUAAACCCUAAAAGUCUUUCGUUUAUUUUCGGUUUAGGGACAGCAAAAAAAGGAUUGAGAAUUCUGUUUUGGUUUUGCCAUCAUUUGCGCAUAGUUUUUUCGUUCCGCCUUUUUAUUAUUUUUUCCCUUUCAAGUUAAUCGCCCACCUCAUUUGAUUAAUUUCCGUAUCAUUCUUGAUCUCUCUCUUAAACUCUACUCUCUCACUUGAUUUGAUAAUCGAUGACGUUUGAUGCCCCCCUAUUAGAAAUUCGCGGAAUUUUCUUUCUUAUUUAGUUACGAUUUAGUCCCUCCAUUGAUUAUGAGAUUCAUGGGGGAGUCCACGGGAUCACUUUGGUUAAAGAAAAGAUCGAUGUCUAUGUUUAAAUUUUUAACUGUUUGUGUCUUAUAAUCGUCUUUUUAAAUGUUUUACUUUUAUUAGACGUUCUCUCUUGUGUCGCAUCUUAUAUACAUACCCCCCAAAGAGAAUCGCUCCCCCCGUUCCUCGUCUACACGAUCCCGGAAAAAAACAAAAAUUAUUUCAAAUUCUCUCGGAAAGAAAAACACGCGACUCCUAGUCAUUUGAAAUCUGUCGGAUUGCCUGGCGCUUUGUCGACUCUUGCAUUUUCUCCCAGUCUUUAUCCCUUUUUUUGUUAUCCUGUUGGUGAUUGAAGGAUCGCGUAGAAAAAAAAAAAGAAAUUUCAAAAUCAAGAAAAGCUUAAUUUUAAAGAUA